AUGUCUACCAAUACUCUUGCUACUCUUCCAUUGAGUACAAUGCACCUUAAAGGCUCCAACACAACACAACCAACAACUAAUACAAAUACAACAACAACAAAAACAAGUCAAAUAGUUAGCGCCAAAGUGCAAAGAACUACAAACGCAUCCGCGAAACGCCGAAAAAGACGAAAUCUGUGCAGUGAACUUGAACCACGAAAAUGUAGUCGGACGGCAGCGGCAACACCAGCAAUUGCAACAGCCGACGAGCUGGCUGCAGCGACAGCUGCCAUCAGCAAAUCGGCAAAUUAUGCCGACUCAACGCAGCCAAAAACUAUAGACUAUCAACACGCAACACUACCAACUGCAGCAGCAGCUACAACACCAGCAACUGCAAUACCAGCAACUGCGCCAACGAUUACAUUAGCAGCGCCGUCGCAACUUGCCACAGCAGCCGCAGUGUCGCGCACAGCAACCACAACACCGCCACCGCCACCGCCACCGCCACGAUUAACGCCCGCAUCACCAACAGCUGCAAUAGAUGCAAUCAGAACACAGCAACACCACUGUCGACGACGGGCUACAAUAGCAACAACGCCAACAAUGGCUCCAGUGUCAUCACCACGCCCGCGCGCGCCCAGCUUGGGCUUCAAUCUUAGCACCGCUUUUGCGGCGGCGCUUCUGCAUACCAGUGUUGCAGUUGCAGCCGCCGUAUCGACGCAUACCCAACCGCAUCAUCAUGGCAUCGCCGUCAAGCAUUUGAUACCGCAGUCACAGGCUGUACUGGAUAGUGGCAUGCUGUCGCAGUUGGAUGCCAAUGCGACCUCGGCGUUGUUGGGCGUGGCUAGUGUCACAAUGACUGCUGUCACAACAACGGCCAAUGGUUCGCUGUCUGAGGAGGCUGGCGUCGACGGCGUGGAAGGUGUUGAUGGUGCCAGCACGAGUAGCAGCGAGUGGUUCGAUGUUGUAUUGCUGGUACUGAAGGCAUCGCUGAUGCUGUUCAUCAUUAUUGCCGCCAUUUUCGGAAAUCUCCUUGUCAUUAUCUCUGUGAUGCGGGUUAGGAAAUUAAGAAUUAUAACGAAUUAUUUUGUAGUAUCUUUAGCCAUGGCAGACAUAAUGGUGGCUGUGAUGGCCAUGACGUUCAACUUCAGUGUACAAGUAACCGGACG